UUGUGUCAAACCUCUGAACCCCAGAUUCAGCUCCACGCCUGGGAUUUUCCCCCCAUCCUGCAAUGACUGCUGCUCGCUGAUGUCCGUGGUCUGUGGUCCGCCCAAGAUUUCCACCUGUUUACUUGUCCAUCCGCCUCCUAGAGAUGCCCGACAAAAGGCCACUGGAUCCACUCCAGCCGGUGCUCUACAUUGACCACUGCCGUUAUCGUCAAACUUAUCGCAAGCGAGCCCUGCUCCUCCAUUCUUCGCUGGCGGAGGCACUGAACGCCAUUCAGCCAAGGGUUAAGCUCCAGCUAAGGAUCAACGACAAAGGCCCGCCCGAAGAUGGAUCCUUUGAGGUUGCUAUUGCUCCGCAACCAACCGAUGAUUCCAAGGCCCGUCAAAGUGUAUGGACUGGGCUAAGGCGGAUGCCCAGUGCAUCGAAGGUUCCCCAUGUGGACGACAUUCUUACCCCGGUUUGUUUCGCCCUCAAACUGAGGGAUCCGCACAAGGAAUCACAUCGGCGGAUGCUGACCAAUUUGCGGCACAACGAGGGCAGUCGAGCAAGGACGAGGACUAUCAAAAAUGUGUUAAAUAAAAACUAGUACAUAGAACAAUAAUAAACAAACACACCAGCAAGA